ACGAGGAGCGAGAGGGAGAGAUUGUUUUGCUUUGCUCUGCGCCGCCGCCAUCUUUGGUGCGACGAGGAAAAAGCGCCGGAGGACUCGAUCGGUCGGAGUUGUCGGUGUCUGUCUGGACGUGCCCCGACGUGCUGUGCAUCCGUUCGACGGGUUACUGCGUUCAUCAUGGACAUGAACUGUCGCUGCUAACGCCGAGGGCGUCGGAUCGAGCCGCGGCUUGAAGGAGUCGUUUUUUUCUUUUUCCCCCUGUGUGUGAGAUCUCCUGUAGCUCGACCAGUCGGCACUACGGUCCGCGAAUCGGGUGCAUCAGUUUCGGUCUGCUGUUUCUGCGACUGUGGGCACCCAGUCUGCUUGAGACCUGUUGGGGCAGCACAAGGCCCCUCUGCAGCCAACCAGCGUGGGCUCCUAGGCGCCACUAGGCUCUAACCCAGCGGUCACCGUGACACGAAUGCUGUCACUGCGGUUGGUCUCCUGCCGGUUUCUCAAGCAGCCAUAAGAGGGGACUUGCCAGGCGUGCUCAGUGUUGCCAUGUAACUCAUUCAUCCAUUGUGCUCACCGAGUGUUGUGUUCCUGUGGUCUGUCUACGUCGCCUCGUUUCUGUAACACCAUCACGCAAGUCUCAGAGGUAGGCGCACUGGGAGUGCUGCGCUGGCCUGUGAGCAGUACGUCGCAGCUUAAGGAUGCGGAAGCCCACCUUUUGCACAGACAUUGCUGUCGCUGAAAUGACCUCAGCCAGCCAGAACCUGGAAGUGUGCGGCGAGAGCCGCAUGGAGCGCGUGCGCAAGCUGCUGAGCUCUCCUCUGGCCCGCCGCAAGUCCGGUAGCCUGGCUCUGCGUACAUUUGGGGUGCCCCUGGACUCCCUGGUGCAGCAGGCCGCAGUGCCCUUCGUGGUCGUCCGCCUCUGCCAGUACCUGGAGAAGAGAGGCAUGGCCCAGGAAGGUCUGUUCCGGGUGAGUGGCAACGCCCGGCUGGUGGAGAAGCUCAAGUGGAGCUUCGACCACACGGGUGACGCGCCCCUGGAGACGGAAGGGGACGUGGCGGCUGUGGCGGCCCUUCUCAAGCUGCUCUUCAGGGAGCUGCCGGAGCCCCUCAUGCCCUCGGGCAUGCACCCGGCCUUCCUGGACGCCAUACAAGAGGGCGAAUGGGUUUCGUUGUGCUCCAUAGCCUCUGUGCACGACCGGGAGGAAUGCACUCGGCGCCUUAAGUGCCUGGUGGAGCAGCUGCCCCCCGGCAACUUCGGGGUGCUCAAGUACCUGUGCCACUUCCUCAACCGGGUGGCCCAGUCGGAGAAGCUGACGCGCAUGACCCCCAGUGCCCUGGGCAUCGUCUUCGGGCCCAACCUCUUCAGGUUUGCCGAAGAUCUGCAAGGCCUGAAAGAACAGGCAGUGACUAACCAGGUGGUCACGUGUUUCAUCGCCGACUACCAUUCCAUCUUCGAAGGAGACGCAGAACUCUCCUGCACCGCAGACAGCUCCAUGAAUGUGGAAGGGAGCAGCAGCAGCAGCAAGGCCAACGGAAGAGUGAUUGCUGGGAUCUGUGCAGUGCCUAUGCAGCCCCUCUCUGUAGUCAUUCCUCCGUUGGAUGAAGCAAUGCUGGCCCUGAAGCAGGAGCCACUUAGCGAGGUGCCCACACUGAUGAUUGACAGCUUGAUUGAUGGCACCUGCAAACAAGCAAUCUUCUACAGGCAUAGGGAAGUAAAAGAAGGGAGCUCGGCCGGAGUGACCAGUGGGCGCAGUUGCAAGCGCAAGGAGCGCAAGCUCUCCGGAGAGGAGUGGCCCCCGGCACCCCGAUCAAGCUCGGAGGAGCGGCCCCCCGCUGGGGGGUCCCUCAUGGAGCCCCAGCUGGCCUCUCGCCGCUGCAGCAGCCACGAGGAGGUGGCCAUCCUGGACUCUGCCCAAGGGCACACCCCCAAGUCAACGGGGAGUCCCUGCGGCGGAGCGGCGUCCUCCGAGGAGGCGAACCGGGACCUGAGCCCCCAUCCGCCCCAACCCAAGCGUAGGGAGCUCGAGACGCCCUCUACGUCCAGCCAGGAGUCGGCCUCACAGGACUGGCACGAAGCCUGUCGCAGCGCAGAGAGGCUCACGCCGCACCACUUCAAGGACGUCCAGUACCAGCCCGGUUCGCGCAAGUCCGGCACGGGCAAGUCUGUGGACAGGCCCCUGUCGUCUGGCUUCCAGUCCCUGGGAGGGAAGAGCCCCUCGCCGCGUGCAGAGAAGGGAAGGGCCAGCGAAGAGGGUGAGGAGGUCUCUGUCCCACACACCCCCAGCACUCCGGGCACCUUCAGCAAGGACGCCAUUCCGCCGCUGGACCUUGACAGCUUCCGCCAGGAAGAACCUGUCUUGUCGGAGCAUCGGUUCAGUUGGCCCAUGGUACAGGCUUUGACAGAAGAGGAGGUCGUCACACCUUAUCUUCAAAAAGCAAAUUCCUACGAGGCACCUCUAUCGCCAAGUGCUUACCGAAGCUACUUGUCUCACAGGAGCCUUCAUCUCGACCCAAGCUUGCCUCCGUCUCCUCCCGUGGAGCAGGACGAUUUUCUGAAAAGCAACUUCAAAGAAGAGGAGGCAAAUCUGACCACCAUCAAGCAGCUGUCCAAGAAGAUUCACAGCUUGAAGAAGAAGGUCAAACAGUUUGAAGAGAACUUUGAGAAGGAACAUGGAUACAGGCCAUCUCACGCCGAGAAGAUGAAUCACAGCGAGGUGAAAAAGCUUCUGCUCGAACUGAACAAGCUGCGCAAGGACGUGAAAAACCUGAGGGAAGAGAACAGCCUCCCUGAGCCCGCCUACCUGAGCUUCUCCUCCUGGAGUCGGGACCAGUCCAAGUUGGGCAGGGAGCCCGACGAAAACAACGGCCGGCCGACGCGGGUCAUGGAGAAGGCGCUCAACGACACCCUCACCUCGCUGGCCGAGAAGCGCAGGAUGGCCCAACGCCCGGACAGCGUCGACGACAUGACUCGCGAGCAGGUGCUGGAGGAGAAGCUUGCCAUCCAGAAAGCCCUGCUACGCUUCGAGAGCCUGCACGGGCGCCCGUCCCGCCGAGCGGACCGCAACCUGAUGCGUCCCUUGUACGACCGCUACCGCAACGUCAAGCGCCUGGUGGGCAGGGCACCCCCGCUGGCCAAGGGCAAGGACUCGGAGCUGCAGCCCAUCCUCGAGCACGUGGCCAUGAACUUCACCUCCCCGCAGCCCAGGUCCCCGCCCCAGGAGCUGGAAGAAGGCCUGGAACUGAUGCCCUCCAUGUCUGCCAUCAAAGAGAAUCUCCAGGAAGCCCCAGAGGACGACUGUGUGGCUGACAAGGCCGAACUGGUGGAACAGGCUUCCGGAGUCCUGGAGAAGUACAAUGAUUCCAACCUCCACGAGCUGCCCUUGGAUGAACUUCUUCAACAGCAGCAGCAAACAAAGCUUGAAAAGCGACGUCUACGAAGGCUACUUCGGGAGUUUGAGGAAGACUUCCAGAAGCAAACUGGAAGGAAAGUGCAGAAAGAAGACAAGGCCCCAAUGGAUUCUGUGUAUUGUGAGUAUAAGCAUGUCAAGGCCCGUAUGCGACUGCUGGAAGCCCUAGUCUCCAAGCACGAACACCGUCGCGACAUCUGAAGCAUCCAAACACCCUCACUUUUUUCUCGCCUCGGUCUGGGACCAGCAGCGCCACCUCUUGGAGGCUUGUGGACACCCCGCAAAAGGCGUGCGAGGUUGGCAGAACGCCACCCCUUCGAGCAAGAGGGGGCCAUUUCCCUCCUCAAGUUCAGGAGGAGGAACUUUCACCUUGCGGACUUUCUACCUGUGGCGGAACCAAACUCACGGGCGCAACUCAUUACCGCUCCAUCCCCCACCAAAAGAAAAGAUCUUUGGGCAGUCGUUCAUCCUUCUUUCUCAUACCAUGGUCCAUUUUACCGACCCUAUGCCAUUAAACCAUUUGAACCACGACUGCCCUUCUCCUCUGUAACGGACUGGACUAAGGAGACAUGACUUUGGGGUUUAUUUUCACCACUGCUGCAUUUGCAUUUUAGUUUGCCUUGCAGUUUGCGGGCAUGCAAAGACAAGUUAUGAGUUCUAAUAGACCCGACUGGGUUCAACUUGUUUUUGUUUGUUCAUGUUCUUGUGAUACUACAAAGACGUUCUGUGGCAUUGCUGUUAGCUCCGUUCCUUUUUGUCUCUAUGCAUGUUCCCGAGUGCACACGGUAUGAACGAAUGAUAUUUUAUAUUGUACUAUCUUUCCUCGCUUGAGUGAGUCUAGUGGAGGAACCAGGCUAUGGCAAUGUUUCCGGUUGGGGGGCCCCUGAAGUAUGUUCCGGUUCAUGUUUGGGUUCAGGUUGCGUGCUGUGACUCGUGCUUCUGCGGCGGCCUUGGCCGCCACUGGUCGAGGCUGCCUGGGACGAAGGUUGAUUGAGUGCCUUGAUCGGUGACGACGGGGAAAGUGCUUGAUUCAGAGUGGCUGUCCUGAGGAACUAUGGCCCUGGUUUCUGGUUUCUGAUUUUUUUUUUUUUUUUUUAGGAUUUAGUAUUGUACCUGAAACAUUUGCGUGUUUGUCGUCAGCAUAUUGUUUUGCGUGUGUUCUUGAGGCAUGGUAAGACAACCGUGCCGUUUUGGUAGGAUGUGUGUGUGUGUGCCUACAUCUAUGGUAACAUUUACCAUGCUGUACUUGUGGCUGGUUUUAGUGUAAGUUUUAGCAUUGGUUAUUCACCCUCAUAGGCGUGCUGUGAUGCUGAGCCCUUUGAAUUCGGCCGGCAAUUCCAGUGGCAGUGUUGAUGGCUAGUUCAUGGACAGUUUUAUGGACACACUUUGCUUUGUAGCAAAUGAUGUGUACACAUGAAAGACUUGGAACAAAGUUUUGAGUGUGGUGUGCAGUGUAAAGAUAUGCAUACACAUUAUAUAAAUAUAUAUAUAUAUAUUAUAUACAUACAUAUAUAGAAAGAAAGUGUGGACAGUUUAUUGCUUGAGAUAAACGUGCAUGGCAGUAUUAUGAGCAAGAAAUGUGUGUGUGUGAAUCAAGAAAAUACUAUUUAUAGCAGUGGAUGUGAUGGUGUGCCCAUUAAAAAGUUUCUAUAGAGUUCCUGAGGGUGUCUGAUUUGUCUGCACACUUUGGAAGCAUGGCUGCUUUGAUGAAGAAGACGUGGAUGCUUCAGAGAGACAAAGUGGAAGGUGUUCUCGUCCGCCGACCGGUGUUUGGCCACUGUGGAGCGGCAGAGCGGCCAUAUGUCAUGCACGAUUGAUGGCAAUAUAUCAGUGCUUUGCUGCAGUGUAAGACUGGUGGCAUAACAAGUUUAAUGUUCUGUUAUGUUUAUACCUGUCUGGUAAAUAUAUCCUAUAAAUAUGUAGUGCAUUAAUAGGCAGUGGGUACUAUGUGAAAGUUUCAUAUAGAUAUAUUUUUAGUCCUAUCUUUGGUAAGAGUUUAUGCAAUGGUUUCCUCAGCCCUCGUUGAGCUUUUUUUUGUAUAAUGAGAAAUGUGUGUUAUUUGUUGCAAAACUACAUACUUUUUGAUAAUACAUGAGAUGUACAGAGGUAGUUGCACUAAAGAGGUGAUUGAAAUAUGUUCAUUACAGUUCUAGAAGGGCUGACGUUUAUUGAAGCCGCAGCUCUCUGUCACAAGGAGGAAAAGCGAGGAUUGCGUUGCCCCUGCGGAGCCGUGAAAACAGUAUCCCUUUCAAAUUCUGACGUGUGCCAAGCAUUGAUUCUUUUACGCAACUAAUUGGGAAAAGAUGACGUUUGUGUUGUAACAUGCGUUGAGUUGCAUGCUCGUGUCCCCAAAAAGGUUCUCGAUUUUCCCUUGCUGUUUGCAUGAUGUCGGCACAAUAUUCAUCUAUUUACUUGUACUUGAAGUCACUGGUAUUAUAAAUUUCACUACUGCAUAGCCUGUGGGCCCUAUGUUUAGGAUCUAUGGAAGUUAAUACUUUGAUCUACGUACUAUCAUAUUUUGAACUUUGGGAUACUGUGGCAGUUAUUGCACGGCGCCAGAACUGCAAUGCCGGGAGCAUUGGCUAUGCGACAUUUGUUAGAGACUUUGGGAGGACUUGUCAGUUUGUUUUUGCACCCCCUUAUGCCUACAGGGCCGUAGCGGCGGCCUGGCCUAUCUUUGUCUUUUUUGAUAACUAAUUUUACUCUACAUUGUUUGCCGAGUAAAUGUAAUUUGUACAGAGACCCUAAUAUUGUAACUGCUUUACAUGGGGAUCCAACCAGACUUGCUUUCUGCUACGUGUUUUUGUGUCAGCCAGAAGGCAUGUGACACUAAAAGGUCGACACAUUAAACAUUUGUGUGGCUGAA